AUGUUGCUCGCCGAACUCGGCAGCACUUCGGGGAAAAACCAAUUUACCCGAAUCAACUUUGAUGGCAUUGUCCGAACCGACACUAAUUUUGCUAUUAUCGGUGGAACGGAAGCGAUCGAAACUCGGAUGCAAAACUAUUUCGCUACUGCAAAGACUGACGCAGAUAGAGAUUUAACCACCGCACUCCGGUUGGCGGUGGAAACUUGGGCAAUCGGCAAAGAAUUAAGUUCACGAGAGUCGGAAGAGACGGAAUCUGAGGAAACCCAAAUAGAUACCACGCAGAUGUACGAAAUUAUUGACACUGCCCGCGAAGAAGGCGAAAUUGAAGUAGGGGUCUUGGAAACAGCACAACCAGAAGCAAGCAAAUUCCGACUGCUUACCUCUCAAGAGAUUGAAGCCGCGCUUCCGUAG